GACCUCUGAAGUGCUUGUCAGUUUUCGAAGUCGGAGCCAUGGCGACAACAGCUCAGUAUAUUCCGCGGAAUAACUCGUUGCCUUCCAACCCACUCAUGCAUCCGGAUUCGGACAGGAUGCACCAGGGGACGACCUACAGAGAGGUACAGAAAAUGAUGCACCACGAAUACAUAGGGAUAACGGCAUCCAACACGGGACAUCCAAUGAGCCUAACGCAUCACCAGUGGCUGCCCACCUCCAACACCGACUGGACAAGCGGCACUCAUAUCGGGCAACCGGAGCACAAAGCCAGCGUCCAGGCAAGUCGAGAGGAUCUGGGAAACGGUUAUCAUAGAUCGCACCUGGUGCACCAGCCAACCCAAAACAGCCACCACGGAUCAUGGGCACCGACUACAACACACCACUUAUCUCCACUCUCCCCCGCCUCCAGCGGUCAUCAGUCGCUAGUCUAUUCGCAGACGGGCUACACCAUGUUAAGCCCACAGCCCUCACUGCACCACGGCAUGCGGGACCCGCUUCAUGACGACGCGGGUAGCCAUGACAACCAGAUGGAGUCACCUCAGCAGCCGUUUAGCCACCACCAGGACCACUCUGAUGAAGACGCACCCAGCUCCGACGACCUGGAGCAGUUCGCCAAACAGUUUAAACAGAGGCGCAUCAAACUUGGUUUUACGCAGGCGGACGUGGGCUUAGCGCUUGGCACGCUUUAUGGAAACGUGUUUUCCCAGACCACAAUCUGUAGGUUCGAGGCUCUGCAACUCAGUUUCAAGAAUAUGUGCAAACUUAAGCCACUACUUAACAAAUGGCUCGAGGAGACAGAUUCGAACACUGGCAGCCCAACUAAUCUGGACAAGAUAGCGGCACAGGGCAGGAAACGAAAGAAGAGGACCUCUAUCGAAGUCGGGGUAAAGGGGGCACUGGAAAACCAUUUCUUAAAGUGUCCUAAACCCUCUGCCCACGAAAUCAGCACUUUAGCCGGCACUCUGCAGCUGGAAAAAGAGGUUGUGCGUGUUUGGUUUUGUAACAGAAGACAGAAAGAGAAAAGAAUGACACCCGUGGGGGUCCCUCAUCCAAGCAUGGAGGACGUUUAUUCACAAGCGGAGACCCCCCCUCUUCACCAUUCACUGCAGAGUCCUGUCCAGUGACUGCUUUCCUGAACAAUGCUCUUAUUUGAAAAGAAAAAAACAUCGAUAAGGAAAGGACUACGGAUUUCACAGUAUUUAAUUUUGAAUUUGUUAUCUUAAGAGAUAAGACACAAAGCAAAGUUGGGAGAAAUAGUUUGUUGUCAGUGACCGGAGAUUGGCGUAACAGCAGUAGAUGGGACACAAGUAUAAAGGGGGAACUGCAUGAAUGACUACAGAUUCAGUUUCGUGCACAUUUCGGCAAAACCAAUACAUGUUUUCACUAAAAUCGCAUUGAUUUGGGGGGCAUUCCGAGAAAAACAAAACGAUAAUUUUAGCGCUGCUCAGAGGGAGUCAUGUGCCACAAAAGAGACGGUUUCUCCUUGGUCUCGCAGGCUUAACCUGAGGUGGUGUUUGUCUAAUAUAUAUCAACAAAGGAGGUGCGCGGAUUGGACAGAGUCACGCUUCCUAGAUUAAAACGAUUAACCAGUUUUAUUGUGGUUGUCAUAUCAUUUGUGGUGUUUACGUUCUUUCAGAUGUGUUAACUUUUAGGUUUCUCCUUAUUGAAAAUCUUUUUAUGUAUUCUUUUUUUCUGGUCAUUCUGGGGCUUUCGUUUAUCCUUUAAGUAGUCUAAAGAAAAUCAGAACAUUUUGUCAGAGCCACUGAGCCAUGAUUUGGAUAAGUGUUCCAGGAAAUAUGUGUUUACAAAUAUCAAACCCAGGCACCAUCAAAACUACCAUCGUCGUGAGAGGACAGCGUCUUCUCGAGUACUUUCACUACUGUCGUCGUGAGAGGACAGCGUCUUUUCGAGUACUUUCACUAUUCGUGAUUUCUUUUUCCCUCUUUUCAUGAGCACUUAUUCUUGCGUUAAUAUGGUUGCAAAUGUUUUAUCUCUUCCAUACCAACGAAAACGUGUUAGUUUAAUGAUAGAUCGUGCAAAAUGUUUUCUUGUUUACAGUUUCCAUAAAUAAUCAAAAUGAUGUAGCUAUCUCGCAUCGGUAGGUUUCUUAACGGGCUUUACCACUUAAACCUAUUGAGAGUGAAAUGGCAAAAGUGAAAAAGUAAUAUCUCAGGUAAUUUCAGCGCCCUUAUAUCGUGCUGUAUCCCUUUGCUUAUUUCGUAAUUAACAUCGGCCCACUCUGAACAUCCUCUCUGCUGUGCCCGUUAGUUUAUGGUUUUUGCGAAUCACACCCACUGGCCUGUAGACGCAGAAAACGUAAGACAUGACGGUGAUGAAAGGAUCCGUUGUGGGACUAUUUAUUUUUAUGAGACCAGGACAUAAAAGAAGGAUCCUGAGUAAGUUGUGCGUUUUGUGUCGUUUCUCAAGACAUCGAUCACUGAGCAGCUUGAAGCAGGUGUUCAUUUUUGCAAUUCUGUUAUUUGAAACCGUGUGGAUAUACAACUUUUCCAAAAAAAGAAAAGAUUUUAAAUAAAUAGUUGUCAUGAUUAUUUCCAAUAUGUAAAUAUGUCCAAUAUGUAAACAUAUGUAUUUGUUCUAAAUUUGUUUUGAUUUUUUUUGUUUGUUUCUUCCGGGCAGUUUUGUACACUUACUAAUUCCAAGAAGAUAUUUUAAUAUUUCAUUUAUGAAUUUGACCAUUUAUAUAUCUAUAUAUUUAUUUCUUAAAUGUGUUGGGAGAUUUUUGUUUGGCUCUGUUAAUUAUGUUGCAGUGAAUUACAAACGUUUUGUUUACUACAUUGGUUGUAUGUUGAUUGCAAAAUGUAGACUGCAAAGUCACAUUUAUAUUUAUGUUAUAGUAAUAUUUUAUUACUUACAUAAAACGUAUAUUCAA